AUGGAUCACGUCUCAGGCUCAGAAAAGUUGCCAGUCGACGAAAAGGAAUCUCAAGAGGAAAUUUUGAGAAGCAUUCAGAAGGUCUUCGAACCUCAAGAGCAACAUGUUAACGACGAUCAGAUGACGAAUGAGGAUGAUGGUGAUGAUGAAGAAGAAGAACCAGAGAUCGACCCAGAAGACCAACAUGCCAGAACAGGAAGAUUAAAAUCAGUUUUGUCGUCACUAGACUGGCUGUGGAGCUCUGGAUAUGAACGGAUGGACCAGGCCAUGGAGAGCGUGGCCGAUGGAAGUCGGGAUCCAAGAUGGCGGAUACCAAUGGGAGAGUCCGGGAUUCUUGAUUUCGUUCUUGGGCUCUUGGGCGUACCUACUUUAACGUAUGCCCUCAAGCUCCAUAUUUUGCGGCUGAUCGGGAAUUCAUGCGCGGAUACUGCUAACUUCAACAGACGAGAAUCGGGCUCGAGUCGUUUCUUCGAAUUCCUUGCCUUCAAUAAUUCUCCAGCUAAGAGAUACUUCGUUGCUGCAAUUUACCGUACCGGUUUUAUUCAAUAUAUGCAUAGACUAUGUGCUAACAAGAAGGCAGCAUCUGAACUAGAACUCGCACCUGAAGAAUCAGCCAUAGUACUUUUGAGGAUUGCAGCAGAUAGAGAGCUUCUCUAUGAUAUGGAGGAUUUUGUGGCUCUGGUCAACACGGCUGUAGCCUACCUUCAACAUGAAACUUUUCAGAAAGCCCUGGUUUUACAUGGAGGUUUGGACACUACUGUCACAGUGUUGGUGGACUCGUAUACUCGGUUCGACUCGCACCCGUCAAUCGGCUCAUCUCCACCGGGGCAAGAAGAAGCCAAGAUACUCUCACAAAUGCGCAGCAAUCUCAAUCUAGUCCUUUCAGAUGUCUCAGCCCUCCCGGAAUUUAAGGACACAUGUCCAAUCGUAUCGCCGUUCAGCAGUUACCUUCGACGCUGGCUCUCAAGUCCACAACUUCAACUCCAAGUCUGUGCAUGUAUCAUGUUGGGAAACUUGGCUCGUUCUGACGCGGCAUGUGAAGAAUUUGUCCAUACAUCUCAAGUGCAUAAACCUCUAAUUGCGAUCCUUACUGAUGCAAACGACCCUCAACUUCUCCAUGCGGCGAUGGGUUUCCUAAAAAACCUCGCCUUGCCUGUUAAAAACAAGGAAGAGAUUGGAAAUUCAGGGGUAUUCGAAAUUCUUCCGCGACUUUGGGCCCUCGACACCUUGCAUCAAAUACAAUUUUCGUCGAUAUCCCUAGCUCGCCAGCUUGUGAACAAUACACACAAGAAUGCCCGAAAGCUCUGUGCGAGACUAUCCGAUGAUCUAGACUCACCCGCACAUAUGCGCUCCAAUCUCUCACUUCUCAUUGCCCUAUUUGACCGCACAGAUGUCGAACCUACCAAAAUGGAGAUCUCCCGACUGAUGGUAGCGGUAUGUCGCGUGGUCAGUACUUCCACAGCCCGACCACCCGAAGAGAUGGGACGCGUACGCAAAAUGUUCUUCUCCAUGCAUCCAGAGAUCGGCAGGCCCCUUGGAUACAUGGUCUCGCAAACGAAAUGGCCGGCCUUGCGGAGUGAAGGCUGGUUUGUUUUCGCGCUUAUGGCAAGGCAUCCUGAGGGCGCAGAAUACAUCAGCUCGAUGCUGCAUGAUGCCCCUGUCUUCCAGCCAUUGGUUGAGGCCUUGACCGGGGAGAAAUUAAUAGCCCCCAAAGUCUCACCUCCAUCUACCCCCCUCUUGGAAGCACAGGUCGUCGGUGACGAGUCCACUGAAAGUGCUUCCCAACCGCACCCACAGGCUGCCGAGAUGGCAAGACUCGAUCGGCAAAAUGUUCUUGUGCUCGUAAGUGAACUAUUAAAAAAUUACGGCCCUGAGAUGGCUGUGAUGAGGAAAACUCUGUUUGAAGAUCUGCUCAAGGGUGGUGGGGAGCGAGUGCUUUCUGAGAAGGAAUCUGUGUCCUUGGGGCGCCUUGAGGACCCGACUCUCAAAGAGAAAGGGGCGGGGCCGGCUUGA